AUGAGCACCGCCGAAUGCAUUGCGUCGGCGAACGACCUUCUCGCCGCGCACUCCGCACUGCUAGCACACGUGUGCACGAACCAGCGGGCGCACCGGCGGCAGCUGCGCACGCUGCCGUCCCCGCCGCAGCUCAUCUUGAACGUCCCGCUCGUGCCGUCGCCCCAGCCGUCCCCGCCGCCGCCAUCGUCGUCGCGCUCACCCUCACCUUCGCGGUCACCUGGGCUCCCGCCGAGGCCGGCACCGUACCGCCCGGACCUGCCCGCGGCGAAACGCGCGCGCAUGGCGCGCUACGGCAACUACGUCCCCGAGGAGGAGACGAUCCGCAACGACUACUCGCAGCGCUACGUCGACGGCGGCGAGUGGCCGCAGAACUGGGUGCUCGGUGCGGACCCGGAGCGCCGCUUCGAAGAAUACCCGAAACAACAACGCCUGCUCGCACUUAAAAAGGCCUCUGUCGCCCAGCACGCCCUCGCGCCCCGAUACCUCUCCUUCUCGUCCCUCUCCUCGCUAAACCCAUCCAAAUUCGAUGUCAUCCUCAUCGACCCGCCCUUCUCGUCGUCGUUUACAUGGGACGACCUACAAGAGCUCCCGAUACCAACACUCGCCGCCGACCCGUCGUUUGUGCUCAUGUGGGUGGGCAGUGGUGCGGGCGAAGGUCUCGAACGUGGGCGUGAGAUCAUGGCGAGGUGGGGCUUCAGACGAUGCGAAGAUAUUGUGUGGGUGAAGACGAACCACACGACGAAUCGGGGACCUGGCACAGACCCGCCUACGACAUCGCUGCUCACUCGGACUAAACAACAUUGUCUCAUGGGCAUUCGUGGUACAGUGCGGCGAUCAACAGAUUCCUGGUUUGUGCAUUGCAACGUUGACACGGACGUGCUGAUCUGGGAAGGCGAUGUCUCAGAUCCGACGCUGAAGCCUCCAGAGAUGUACACUCUGAUAGAGAACUUUUGUCUUGGCCUCCGUCGGCUAGAAAUCUUUGGACGCGCACGCACGUUGCGGCCAGGGUGGGUCUCUGCACUCGCCGAGGGCGAGGAGGCGCGGGUGCAAGAUGCCCUUGGAGACGACGCGCGGAUGGAAGACGAGGACACGCCCGUGAAGUGGGACCGGGAGUCUUGGGAGGCGGGUAUGAAGGAGCUGGUUACGAAGGCUGGUGGAAAGUUUGUUGUGCCAAUGACAAGUGGUGAGCUUGCUGCUACCGCCCGCUUUCUGUCUCGUUGCUUAUGUGCGCCCAAGAAAUCGACGCCCUCCGACCAAAGUCUCCAGUCCGCUCAGGCGGACCAUCGUCGACGUCAACUGGCGGUGCGAUACCGAUGUCAGGCGCGCCGAGCGGGAUGGCCACGCCCAUGGGCAUGA